UCUGGAAUAAUGAGCCGAUUUGGGUUCUAUUUUGUUUUUCUCUUUUUGUUAAUUAAAAGCCCGAGUUUGAUCCUGUUCUUGUGUUUCGCCAUUUAUGUUUACAUUCAUUACAGAACAAAUUAAAAAAAAUACAAAAAAUUUAGAGGGGGAACAUUCGACGGACAUUGAUGAUGGCUUGUGGUCUCCUCAGCAAGACAGCGGCUUUUCUUCUCAGCGUUCAUGAGUUUACAAACGCGUCAAGGGAUCUGUCCUUGUCACUGCAGCUCUGUAUGGCGUCAGUCUGCAGUGAUGGACUGUGCUGUUCCCGUCUCGGAGGUCGUCCCAAAAACCAUAAUCAAAACACCGGAGAGGGCGGCCCGGUUACGUUACCGAGCAGCGAAAAGACGCACGAGAUACAUGAUAAGAGACUGUUAUAAACACACAGAUACAGGACGUCUGGAAACAGUCCGCAUCAAACUACAACAGUGAAGGAUUCAGCAAAACAACUGCUCUUCCCUGACCACACUGUGUUCAGCUGUAUAGUCUGUUUGUACCAAUGGGUCUGUCACUGUCAGUUUGGCUGUGCAGCAGGGUAGACGACAGCCCCCCCUCCUCUUCAUCAGCUUUCCCUCCGCUGGCUGUCCCCACCUCCUCUCGCCUCGCGGUCACUCUGAACUCCUCUCCGGUCGCUCCAGGAGACAGUCGCUCACACUGGAGCUCAGUCCACCGCUCUCCUCACUUCCUGCUGUCUGCCUGCAAACAGGAAGUGACCCGCUCACCUGUUGAGCGGAGCAGCGAUGGGGUGAGGGCGGAGAUAGGGGUGAUGAGUGGGCUUCACGUCUGGGAGGUGCUGUGGAGCCCCAACCACAGAGGGAGUCAUGCCGUCUUGGGCAUUUCCAGGCAGAACUGCCCUCUGCAGGCCUCAGGGUACAACGUGCUGGUCGGUGGAGACUCACAGUCCUGGGGCUGGGAACUCAAAACCAAUCAGCUCUGGCAUGCUGGACAGAGUCUGGGACUUUACCCAGCAAAGAGGAAGAAGUGUCACUCUGAGGCUGCAGAGUCUUCACAACACAUAAAGGUGGCAGAGACACCUCUCCCCAUCCCCGAGCGCAUCCUGCUGGUCCUGGACGCCGACGCAGGGACUCUGGGGUUUAUUGUUGAUGGCUGUUGUUUUCUCGGCGAAGCUUUUAAAGACCUUCCUCGUGGAGUGGAGCUGUUCCCAGCAGUGAGCAGUGUGAGAGGGGGAGCCAGCAUACGACUACGAUACCUGAACGGUGCCACACGUGAUCCCCCUGCGCUGAUGGCUUUAUCUGGACUGUCAAUUCGACGGGUUUUAGGGCAGCAGAGGCAGAAUCAAAUGCACAAACUGCCUCUACCCCCUUGUCUCCAGCACUACCUGCUUUCUAGUCAAUAAUGUACACUUAUGCACACACACACACACAAUAGGAAACAUUUUGUCAAUCACUGAAGUGUACCAAGAAUUUACAGAACAUUUCCUUGUUAUAUGAAAAAUUAUGUACACAUGUAUUUAUUCAUCUUAUUUAUUACAAUGUACUACAUACACAGUUCACUGAUAAUAUUUUAAAACUAACUGUUUAGUUUCAAAACAUCAACAGUGAACUGGGAUUUUGAGGGCACUGUUGAAUUAAGGAGUGUAUUUUUAACUCUACUUCUUUCUUUGUGUAUAAAAUAAAUGACUCCCAUUUAAAUUUGA